CUACCCUUCCACUCCACACACUCUGUCAAUUAGCCCAGUGUGUAUGGAUGGACUUCUAAUCAAAACAAUGUUUAUGAAAUGACCAUCAUGUGAAAUGAUAAUGAAACAUGCUAUCAGCCCUGGUUAGAAAUCAAUGCAAAUGUGUAAUGUGGGGAAAUUCUCAGCUCCAAGCUUCCCAUCAACACAGUUUCCCUGUAUGGAAUGCUCUUGUCAUCACUCAGAGAGAAACUGUACAACCAUCAUGGCUCCAGAGAUGAAUCUGGGCUGAUCUGUCAAACUGCGGUUUAGGAGACACUCACCAAUCGAACGCAGUGAGAACCUUGAUGACUCUACUACCUGUGGAUGAGGAUGCGGUCUACACUAUCUCUCUGUGGAGGAGAAGGGGAGGGCAGGGGCCUGAGAGCCCGGGUAGGCAGGAUGAAGAGACUGCUGUGCCUUCGACACACCCACCGUGUGGAUGUCCUGACUGACAUGGAGCCGGGGCUCUGGCUGAGGCGCUUCCAGCUGCUGGACACAGAGGUCACUGAGGACCCAGUGCAGGAGUGGGGGGAGGAGGUGGAAGAGGGGGCCGUGUUCGGCAUAACCCUAUGUAGGGAGCCUGUGCUCCCCAGCCCCUCCACCCAGGUCCCCUCAGAGCCUCUCACUAUGUCCCUGUCGACUCCAUCGGCUUUCAACUUCAUCCAGUACCACACAGUGAAGGUGCGUCGGUUGAAAGCGGGGACCCUGGAGCGCCUGGUAACCCACCUGCUGGACUCAGAACACCAGGAAUCUGACUACGUCAGAGUGUUUCUGUCCACCUACAGAACCUUCACCACCUCCAACACACUCAUAGAACUGCUCUUCCAGAGGGAUGAUAUGAUUGCCAACCUGGACAACACAGUCUGCCCAAGGAGCACCCUGGUGCCCCUGAUCAGAACCUGGCUAGAGGAACACAGGGAGGACUUCAGGGAACCCCCUCGGCACCCCUCCCUGAGGCUGCUCUGUUUCCACCUCCGCCACCGCCUCGCCUUCCGUCGCCUCGCACAAACAGCUGAGACGCUGCUCAAGAAGCUCCAGGAAGAAGAUCGCAUUAGUCUGCAUCAGUCUGCACCAAUAGAUAAUAGUGAUUGUCAGCAGAAAGAGGAGGGGUCAGGAGAGGAGGGAUCAGGAGAGGAAGUACCGAAGGAGGCGACUGGAGACUUUAUGGACUUCCCUGUCAUAGAAGUGGCAGAGCAGCUGACACGAUUGGACGCUGACCUCUUCAUCAAGGUGGUCCCGUUCCAAUGCCUGGGCUGUGUCUGGUCUCAGCGGGACAAGAAGGAGAGCCGCAACGUGGCGCCCACCGUCCGUGCCACCAUCGCCCAGUUCAACGCUGUCACCAACCGGGUCAUCACCUCCCUGCUGUGCUCCUCGUCAACGUCUCCGAUCUCUGUCUCCUCCUCAACCCUGAGUCCAUCUACGGCCCCUAGCUCCCCUCUCCUCCCCGACACCAGCCCCACCCUCAGGGCCAGGGUGCUAGAGCGGUGGAUCGCCAUAGCACAGGAGUGCAGAACGCUGAAGAACUUCUCCUCUCUGAGAGCCAUCCUGUCAGCCCUGCAGUCCAACGCUGUGUACCGCCUCAAGAAGACCUGGGCUGCCGUCAACAGGGAUUGUAUGGCCUGUUUUGACCAGCUGUGUGAGACGUUCCCAGAUGAGAACUGUUUUCUGACCAGCAGAGAGAUCCUGGUGGAGGAUGGCAGCCAGCCGGAUGACAACGUCACCCCCAAGUCACCCCAGCUGUGCCCCAUGUCUAAACAGAUGAGCCCUACCAGUGGUGUAGUCCCCUACCUGGGCACCUACCUGACAGUCCUCACCAUGCUGGAUACUGCACUCACAGACACAGUAGAGGGUAGCCUCAUUAACUUUGAGAAACGUAGACGGGAGUUUGAGAUCCUGUCUCAGAUUGGCCAGCUGCAGGCGUUCUGCUCCUGCUACAGCCUCCCGGUAGACCAGACCAUCUCAGCCUGGCUGCAGAACCACACCAUGCUCAAUGACCAGGAGAGUUAUGAGCUGUCCCGUGCUCUGGAGCAUCCGGUCGACCCUUGUCCAAACUCGCCCUCUUCCUGGAGCCAGCGCCUGCUCAACAAGAAGCUCCCCUCCAGAAAGACCCAUUCAGACCAGCUCAGUGUGUCGUCAUCAGGCUCCAGUGGUUCUGAGAUGGAGGAUCUGUCCUCACCACAGCCCUCGCCCCUCAGAGUCAAACUCAAGUCUCUGUCAGGCUCCCUCCACAACGUGUCUGAAGGCCUCUCCUCCAACACCACUCCCUCCAACGCCUCCUGCAGCUCCUCCCAGCCCGACCUCUCCUACUCCUCUAUGGCCAUGAGCCCUGACUGCUCCUCCUCCUCCUCCUGUUGCUCCUCCUCCUCUCCUCCGUGCUCUAAGCCCGUCUAUAACAAGCAGGUAGCCGACUCCUGCAUCGUGAGGGUGAGCGCGGAGUGCGGCAACAACGGCAAUGUCUAUAAGAGCAUUCUGCUGACCAGUCAGGACCACACUCCUCAGGUGAUCCAGAGGGCCCUGGACAAACACAACCUGGAGAACAUGAGCUGUACAGACUUCAGCCUCACACAGCUGCUGUCUCAGGACAAAGAACUCCAGAUCCCUGACAAGGCCAACGUGUUCUACGCCAUGGCCACCUCGGCCAACUAUGACUUUGUCCUCCGCCAGCGCUGGAGGAGCCACAGCAGACGCCUAGGCACUUCUUCUAGCCCCGGGGCCCAGGCCAGGGGAUGCGAUGCCAAGUAGACGGCACCACAGCUCCACCUCCUAGUCUGGAGGGAGAACUACAGCAAUAGAAAAGGGUGGAAGUGGAAUUGUGCCCCACUGGAACCAUGGCGUAGUCACUGUAACUGAGCUAGUUGCUGAUGCUUGGUAGAAAUGUGCAUUUAAGCCUUUCAUUGGCCACAGCCUGAGAACUUGCAUUGUGAACACCAUUAUGAAUUUUCUGCACCAGGACGUGGUUGACUCAUCAUUGGAAAGGAGAUUAUUUUGAUACUCAUGGAUUCAAGGAUGGGAAUAGAUGCAUUCCAGGAGGUUCCCUAUUGAAGGAUGGAAAACCAAGAGAGCUAAAUAUGCCAAGAGGUGCUGUUUUGAGGGGAUAGGUAUGUGGAAGAUGGAGUACUCAGAGAUUGAAACUGAACAGGUGAAUUGAAGUGACGCAAGCAGACAUUUUGUGGCCUCAUAUCCACUUCGGUGGAUUGAAGCCAUCUGGAUGUCAAUGGAAGAAAUGAGAAAUCAACCACAACCAUUUGUAUUUUCUACACAAGACUAACACCAGCUAAUGUCAACAAAUAUGCUAUGGCACUUUAGACCAGUGUAUCGAACCAACACUGCAUGUCAUUAAUUUAGCUCCGAACAGCAAAGACUAUUAUCAACACAAGUGACUAUGCAUCUACUUAUUUGUGGAGAAAAGGAACCUGGAGGCAGGAAUUCUCCCUUUCUACUCUAAAUAGGUGUUAUCUUCCAACAUAAAGGGCAUGCAGGUCAUUGACCCUGGGUCGAUGGAAGUGUCCAACAUGAUUGAGUGGGGUGUGUAGGUCUCACAUAAUGAUGCAGUCCUUAUGGGCUGAGGGGAUGACCAUUCACAUGGUCCACACCCCUGGGUACGCGGUUCUAACAUUUCAGAAAGUGAGGAAGGAAAGGUACAUUUAAGUGUUGAAGCAGGAUGUGUUCCAUAGGCUUUAGAUAGAUAGAUAUAUAUAUAUAUAUACACACACACACACACAGACCGAGACAGAAAUAAUUAACAACGGUAGAUAUGAUAGUGUUAUUAGCAAUAUGAAUAUAGACCAGAUCGUUUCAGAAAUUAUUCUCAGUGCUAUGUUGCAUUUCAGUGUUUCAGCUUUGAGCGAGGGGAUUUUUUUUUUUUUUUACAAAUUAUAAAGUGAUAUUUGUUUAAUUUGAAUUGUUCAAUGGAGGGAGGGGCAGUGCCUGGUAAAUGUACAGUAUGUUUAAUGUCUUAACUAUAAUGGGAUGAUGGCACUUUAAGUCUCUUAUCAGACAGUUUGUUUUGAAUGUCAAAUGAAGGAUAUAAACAGUGUACAGAACAUUAAUGACUCACACUGACCAGGUGAAAGAUAUAAUCCCUGAUGUCACCUGUUAAAUCCACUUCAAUCAAUGUAGAUGAAGGUUCAUGGAUUUUUAAGCCUUGGAUUUUCUAUGUGUCACAGGGUGAAUGGCAAGACGAGAUUUAAAUGCCUUUCAACAGGAUAUGGUAGUAGAUUGCAGGCACACCGGUUUGUGUGUGUCAAGAACUGCAACACUGCUGGGUUUUUCACGCUCAACAGUUUCUUGUGUGUAUCAAGAAUUGUCCACCAACCAACUUGACAUAACUGUGGGAAGCAUUGGAGUCAACAUGGGCCAGCAUCCCUGUGGAACGCUAUUGGCACCUUGUAGAGUCCAUGCCCCAAUAAAUUUAGGCUGUUUUGAGGGCAAAGGAGGUGGUGCAACUCAAUAUUAGGAGGGUGUUCUUAUUGUUUUGUACACUGUGUUUUUCUAUACGUGACUACAGGCUAUCUGAAGAAAUGCAGAAAAAGAGAGCGGAGGAGGGAGAGUGUUUCCCCCAAACAAUGUCUGAUAACAAACCCCUAACCCCCCCCCCCCCGUGGUAAAAAAAAGGCCCAUUUGAUUUCAGUGGGGAUGAGAAUGACUAUUGAAUGUGGAUGUUGAAAGACACAGAAUGUGAUGGUGUUAUUUAUGGUGAAUUCAUUAGCCGGUGUGAGGGCAGUGGGUGGUUGGUGGAUGUGGGUAUUGCUGAUAGUGUUGUGAGGUGUAGAACUGUUUACAAGUCAGAUGGGGAGACUACAGAGAACAAGCAUGAAUUGACCUUUUGUGCUGCUUAAGAUUUAGCUGAAACCCCUAUCAGUGUUUUAUUCGGAGAGUCAUUUGUCGUUUGUGUACAUUUUACUAAACUUGUGAGGACCAGAAGUCCUUACUAGAAUAGUAAACCAACAACUUCAGAGAAGUGAGGACGUUUGGCCGGUCCUCACUUAUAAAAAGGCUAUUUUAGGGUUGUGGUUGGGGUUAGGGAAAAUAGGGUUAGGGAAAAUGGGAUUUUGAAUGGGAAUCAUUGUUUGUCCCCAAAACGUCCUCACAAGUUUAGUAAGACAUAGUUGGGUGUUUUAAUUCAAGCACUUUUCUUUCAAUGUCACUUUGUUUUAAACUAUGGGAUAUUAAUUAAUAAAGAUUUAAUAUACUCAA